AAUCGGAGCUCUGAAAUCCGACCGGAAGUUGAGUGUAGUUGCGUCGUUAUUUUCGCUGGGCUCGUGUGUUGCCACAAGAACAUUUAAUCUGACUGCUAUUAUUUAUUCUUUACAACGUUUCAUUUUUAAUUUCAGUAAAAUGAAACACAAUUCCAAUGUCCCCGCUUUUCUCACGAAGCUUUGGACCCUCGUCGAGGAUACGGAUACCAAUGAAUUCAUUUGCUGGAGUCAGGAAGGAAACAGUUUCCUUGUAUUGGAUGAGCAAAGGUUUGCUAAAGAGAUCCUCCCAAAGUUUUUCAAACACAACAACAUGGCCAGCUUUGUUCGACAACUCAACAUGUAUGGGUUUCGCAAGGUGAUGCACAUUGAGACCGGCAUAGUGAAGCAGGAGCGAGAUGGACCGGUAGAAUUCCAACAUCCGUACUUCAAACACGGGCAGGAUGACCUGCUAGAAAAUAUAAAGAGAAAGGUGUCAAAUUCACGACCUGAAGAGAGCCAAAUAAGACAGGAGGACCUUUCUAAAAUUUUGACCAGUGUUCAGAGCGUCCAUGAGCAGCAAGAGAAUAUGGAUGCUAGGCUUGCCACCCUGAAAAGAGAGAAUGAAGAUCUUUGGGCGGAGCUUUCUGACCUCAGACAGAAACACAUGCAACAACAGCAAGUCAUAAAGCAGCUGGUGCAGUUCAUCUUCACGUUUGUUCAGAACAAUCGCUUGUUAAACUUGAAGCGCAAAAGACCGCUUGCACUGAACAGUAAUGGAAAGAAGGCGAAAUUGAUCCACCAGAUUUUCGAAGAAACCAAAGACCACAGCAAAUCCGCAGUGAACGGUCUCAACGGAAUGAAGAACAGUUCCGACAUAUCCGACGAUGUCAUCAUUUGUGAUGUCAUCGACGAAGAUUCAGAAUUUAUAGAUGACACUUCGGUAGUGGUUGAUCAGAGGGACGCAGAAAUUGUGGAAGUCGAUUACGAAAGCAGCCCCGUCACAAGUAACGGCAGCAUAAACGGCACCGUAACAAAUUCAACCGCACAAGAAGCAGCAGCCAAGAGCCUCUCUGAUAUUUCGUUGAACAGCAGUGCCAUGCAAUUAAACAAACUCUCGUGUCUAAGUUCAGAGGAUCCAGUUAAGCUAAUGGACUCUAUUCUCAGUGAGAAUGGAGCUAUUUCACAAAACAUCAACCUUCUUGGCAAGGUUGAGCUGAUGGACUAUCUGGACAGCAUUGACUGCAGUCUAGAGGACUUUCAGGCCAUGCUGUAUGGAAAACACUUCAGCAUUGACCCAGAUAUCGAAGAGGAAUCCGUCUUGGAACCAAGAGAUGGUAUCAGCAAAGACAAAAAAAGAAAGUUUGAUCUUGAUAAUGCAGGUUUCCUAGAUUUAGAGAAGCAGUUGAUUCAUUACACCACCAGCCCUCUGCUGGCAUUUCUGGAUGGAUGCACCCCUCUGCCCUCGCAUGCUGAACCUCAGACAGAAACCCUGAGCCAGUCUCUACUGGAGCCAAGCGCGGAGGAACCCGCAGACCUGCUGGAGGAAGCCCUAGAGACAGAGCCCCCCCGCAGCUCGCUGAUCCGUCUCGAGCCCCUUACAGAAGCACAGGCAAAUGAGGCCACGCUGUUCUACCUGUGCGAACUGAACUGUGACCUGCCCGGUUCUGACACAGCACAUCUGGAUAUCUGAAUCAGCCUGCAAAAUAGACUUUUUUGUAAAUAUUCAUCAAAAUGAUAUUUAUUUUUUGACAGAAUGUUUUUGGUAUCAUCUGUCCAUGAGUUUGACAUUCCUUCAUUUCAGAUACAUCUUGUUAUAUCGUUCACUAGUUAGUGUACUUCUCACUAGGGCUGUCACGAUUAUUAAAUAAUCGUCUCAUCGCGAUGGUUUCAGAUCAUCGCAAUUAUUUCACAUCUCUAUAGAAGACACUAGGGGGAGCUGUAGUGCAUCUGCAUAUUACAUAUUUUAGUGUAUUGAUUGUAACUAAAGCAUUGUGAUACUUGUAAAAUGUACCACCACAACACAAUAAAAACUAAAGCAUAUACCAUAAAAAUAACCUGCAGUAGGCCUACAAUUUAAUAUUAUUUAAGAUAAUCUCAGUGUGAAAACCAGUCUACCAAAAUUUCAUUAACAUAGAAGUAAAAUUUUAUUGUAUCUUGUAAGUGAGAAAAAAACAGACUAGAAGCAAUUCUAUGACUGAUAGCAUAUCAAUGGUGGCUUCACUCCUGAUCAAUUUACUUAAUUUACAAGUAUAUGGCAGUUGUAUUAUUGACAGGUAAAAGCCUAAACCUAAAAUAUAUGAUAAACCAAUAUUUUCCGAUGUAUUUCCAAGAAAAAAAAAACAUAUUUUUUAUAUUCGGAACAAUAUGGUCGUUUCAAAGCUGAAUGAAAAAUGAAUGAGAAUUAAAUGUCAAAGCUCUAAAACAGACAAUUAAUCGCCAUAAUCGUCAAAGCCCUAAAAGAGACAAUUAAUCGUCAUAAUCGCAAUGAUUUACUAGACAAUUAAUCGUCAGCCAAAUUUCAUAAUCGUGACAGCCCUACUUCUCACUAGUAUCUCCAUCAGAUCACGCUGCGUGUAUGUUGCUGGUUUACAUUGCAGCUUGUUUUGUGAAGCACAUGUAUUGCUGUUAUUAUUGACGGGUUCAGUAAAGAUCAGAGAUAGUCACGGGAGUCAACAGCUAUUCUUUACGUGUAUGGUAUAGAAGUGCCUGCCUGAUGUGCUAAUCUUACUAAUUCUUUAGCUGUGAAGAAUCUGGCUUAUGGUUAGUUUCAUUAUAUUAGGCAAUAUACAUUGAUUUGUUGUUCCUGUGAGCUUUUCAUUAUUAUACUGUACUUGGCAGUAGCAAAUAAAGUAUUCUUAAAUUGUCACUCCAGUGUGUUUUGAUGGUUUUCGCACACCACUCAGAAAGUCAUCUUGGUUUUAAACCUUUAAUAAGACGAAGGACCAUAACAAUGCACUUGUCAAAAGGUAAGAAAUAAUAACAACUCAGUACAUGAGCAUCUUUAAGAAAUAUCGGCAUGCAAAGACUAAAAGAGUAACGAUAGCAAAACAAGAAAUCAAGGGUUUUCAGAGAUUCAGUGCAAAAUGUUUAACACAAACACUGAUUUGCUACGAGCUUAAAAACAAAACACACAACUGACAAUGUGCAAGCAGCAAAAGGGUUAGCACUGUUACACUCAUGAUCAUUUUUUGGUGCAAAUAAUUAAGAAGCGUGAAGCAUGACAAUCUACAAUUCAUCACUUACUAAUAUUGUGCGUUUUAUGGGAAACUUAGUCUUACUUAGAGAAGUACUUAACCUGCACUGUCACUACACAAAUAACUUAAGGACACGUUAAGUUUACGUUUAACAUACAGAGAUCAUCAAUCACUUUUAGAAUAUACCAUCAUGUUGAAGAAUACACUCUCAAAAGUCUUUAGGAAUAUAUGAGCAUCACAGGACCUCAAGCUGCUCCCUUCAUUUCGGUCACUAUCUAGAAAUAAACACCUACCAACAUGCACGAUGAAAGAAAACGCAUGUGAUGUUAGUUGAAUGAAUGAAGCACUAGCAAUAUUUACAUUUAGAACUCUGCUAUCCUAUACAGGUGGAUAUUCACAAAGAUAGUGCGGGCAAGCUUUUGCUUUCAAUGGCCUUCCUAGUCGAAGUCGCGGUUGGUGAGGACCAGCGGGGCCACCAGGGUCCACACGUACAGAGAGAUGCAGAUCCAGCUGGAGGUGAUCUU